GUGAUCAUGAAUAAAAGUAGAUCUUUUGACAUAAGAACAUGCGAAAUAGCUGUGGAAAAUACAACCAAGAUUCCCACUAAGCGCAACUUGAGUAAACACCAAACUAAUGAACAUCUUCACCCAUCGCGGAGUGUGGGACGAACAUUCCAGGCAAUCUCCAAUCCUCCGCUUCCUCGAGAAAUAUCAGCACCACAUCGAUUCCAUAGACAUAAGAUCAACUCCGUGGUCAAAAUUCUAUUCCUGCGAUGCCAUCUUUCACAACACAAGAGGCGACGUCUGGAUCAGUGGUUCUCACAUCUGGAGAAAAAUAGCAGCGCUCUUCGAGCCAUUCGAUCGUAUAUUUCAUGAGGUUAUCGAGCUUCGAGUCAUUCCGGAAGAAGAUGGAAAAUAUGUGGCGUAUACGGAGUUCUUAACUCAUUUUCGGUUGAAGGGCGAUAAGAAUGAGGUUACUGCUCCGAGGUUCUUUGUGUUUAUUGUUGGGGCCGCGGAGGAUGGGGAGGGGACUGAUGGACUUGUGAUUCAUGAGUUGAGUGUUUUUUGGGAUACUGGCAUUCUUACUCGGCAUAUUGAAGGAAAUAAAAAGAAGCUGGAGAGGAAGGGGUAAGUAAGAGAGACUGAAUUGAGGUAGCAGAGCACGAUGCAAAGGACUAG